AUGAAGGGAAAUUUGAUGGAUUAUGUCAAGAAAUGCAACAAAUGUCAGUGUUACUCCAACAUCCUCCAAGCUCCUCUGAAUGAGCUCACUCUAAUGACAAGUCCCUGGCCCUUUGUAGUCUGGGACAUUGACCUAAUAGGUUCCUUGCCCAUGGGAAAGGAAGGAGUAAAGUACGCUAUUGUGGCUAUCGACUACUUCAUGAAGUGGGUUGAAGUCAAACCUCUUGCUACAAUCACCUCCAAAAAGGCGAUGGACUUCGUCAUUAAAAACAUGGCUUGUCAUUAUGGGUUCUCGAGGAAGAUAGUCUCCAACAAUGCCCUCCAGUUUGACAGUGAGUUGUUUACGGUCUUCUAUGAAAGGCAUGGAGUCAUGAAGAGUUUCUCCUCCAUAGCUCAUCCUCAGUCAAACGAACAAGUGGAAGCAGCCAACAAGACGCUUAAGGCCAAUUUGAAAAAAAGGCUAGAGUAG